UUAAUUAAGUUGUCUUCGGAGAUGUCAGAACAAUUGCGUAACUUGCUCACGAUGAAGGUUGGUUAUGUCGUCUAAACCUUUGUGUUGUGGCACCAAGUUGAUAUAUAUCUGAAAAAAAAGAAAACUGUUUCCUGCUCGGUUGGUGAGCGACAGCGCAACGUUGGCUAACAGGAGAAAAUUGCUGUGUACCAUCUAAAGCAGAAUACAGAGACUGUGAGUAGGUCAUCAGGCAGUCUCCCUAUGUCAGGCCGAAACGGGUCUGCCAGUGAUGCAGACUGCCGGAUCUCUGAGGACUGCCAUGUCCCAGAUGUUGAGCUGAUGGAGCUUGGCCCGCUGCUGGAAGAGGGAGGGGGGCGGCAGAUGCCACCUAAAGGCAUCCAUCCAGAGGGAGCUGCAAUUCUCACUGAUGAAGAAGAAGAUGAUGAGGUUGGAGAGGUUCUGACCCUGCCUCUGCAGGCUCACCAUGCAAUGGAGAAGAUGGAGGAGUUUGUACACAAGGUUUGGGAGGGGCGCUGGAGGGUCAUUCCUUUUCAUGUCCUACCAGAUUGGCUGAAGGAUAACGAUUAUCUCCUGCAUGGACAUCGACCUCCUAUGCCCUCCUUCAGGGCCUGUUUUGGCAGCAUCUUCAGAAUUCACACUGAGACAGGAAACAUCUGGACUCACCUGUUAGGGUUAAUCUUAUUCCUUUGUCUGGGCACUUUAACCAUGCUGCGUCCCAACAUGUAUUUUAUGGCACCACUGCAAGAGAAGGUUGUGUUUGGGAUGUUCUUCCUGGGAGCUGUGUUGUGCCUCAGCUUCUCCUGGCUUUUUCACACUGUCUACUGCCAUUCAGAAAAAGUGUCUCGCACAUUCUCCAAGCUUGACUACUCGGGCAUAGCCCUCCUAAUCAUGGGUUCCUUCGUGCCCUGGCUGUACUACUCAUUCUAUUGUUCCCCUCAACCUCGACUUAUCUACCUCACCAUUGUGUGUGUUCUUGGCAUUGCUGCCAUCAUAGUUGCCCAGUGGGACCGAUUCUCUACACCUCGUCAUAGACCCACAAGAGCAGGUGUCUUCAUGGGUCUUGGAUUAAGUGGCAUUGUCCCCACCAUGCAUUUCACCAUUGAGGAAGGCUUUGUUAAGGCCACCACCGUUGGACAGAUGGGUUGGUUCUAUCUGAUGGGUGCCAUGUAUAUCACUGGUGCCGGUCUGUAUGCAGCCAGGAUCCCUGAACGCUAUUUCCCUGGAAAGUGUGACAUCUGGUUCCAUUCUCAUCAGAUUUUUCAUGUUCUGGUCGUGGCUGCAGCAUUCAUCCAUUUCUAUGGGGUUUCCAACUUGCAGGAGUUCCGCUACGGCCUCGAGGGAGGAUGCACAGACGACUCUUUACUCUGAAAAGCCCGACUGUGACUUACUUUUCUUUACAGUUCCACACACACUCACACAAAAUGCUGCUGGAAUCAGUAUAGUCACUUAUUGCUCCUUCUGUACUUUGGAAUCACUCACAUCUUGUUUGGGUUUUAGUGGUCUUUCUGCUUUGGCUCUCUUUCUUAUUUUUUGCUUUGGUAAAGUAGCAGCAACUAGCCAAUGUACUACGACGGGAACAGACACUACUUAUUCCUGUAACUGUUAAUCCUGGAGUCAGUGUUUUCAGCUAAGAUAAAAAAAAAUGGGAUUUUGAUUAAAAUCUUGUGUUUCUAAAACUGGUAGUCUCUACUUAACUCACUAGUACCCCAACCUCUUCAUCGUCUGUUACAAUUAUUGCACAAAGGGGACAGAGAGUUAUAUUAUUUGUGCUGUAGCAGAAGGCACAAACUGUAAAUCAUUUCCCUCGCUUGCAGGUUUGAAGAUGCACUGUCACCAGAAGUUUGGUGCAGAGCAGUUAAUGAUAAUUUGGAUGCUUAUUAGGACAUAUUUAUAAAAGGAUAAACAACAUAUGGUGGUGUGUAUGGAUGUCAGUAGGUGUGUGUUUUGGGUUUUUUUUUUUGUUUGCUUUUCCUAUUUCUUUCUUUUUUUUUUUAUUUAAAGUGUCAUGACAUUGAUUGUUCAUCUGUCUUUUAAAACACCAAGGACCUCCACAAACCCACUUUUACCCACUCAGCAAUAAACCAUUAACUGUACUCUAAAAGCCCAUUCGGUACCAAAAUCUAAUAAUCUUGGGAUUGUUUUAUGGUAAAUUUCUAGCAUACAUCCUGGGACUUUGGUUUAAAAUAACUUCAAUACUUACUGUAGCUCUGCAGUAAAAUAUGUGCACUUUUUUUAGGAAAAGUAAUUGAAUUGAUGAUAAUAACAAACAUCCUAAACCGUUUUUUAUUUUUUUAUUUAUGUUUUUUCCCCCCUAAUGGGACACAAAAGCCAAUGUUAGUAAAAACUAUUUUCAUUUAGUCCAGAUUUAAUUGAGUCAAAAACUAUUUGCAAUCAUAUAUUAAUUGGAUAACACAUCAAUGAUGGAUUUCUAGAAUAGUUCCUGGGCUGCGCACAAUGUACAGGUCUGGGUUGGUUAAAUUGUGUUUUUGUUAAGUGGAGAUUUUUUUUUGUGCUUGAUUUCAGAUGCAAUGAGGGGUGUAAAUAUCAAAUGCACCUUAAUGUAUAUGAUUAAAUUUGAAACUUUAAAUCACCAAAUGAGAUUUAAAAGGUGUUCUGUAUGAUUAAUAUUAACUUUUAGUAUUCCUGUGCCUUAGGCCAAUGGAAAUGUUUUUAAAUAAAAUGGCCUAUCUUAACAGUCAAGAAAGCAUAAAAGAUUUCCACAUAUUGACUUUUCUUGUUUUCCUUGCCAUGCAUUCAGUAUAUGUACAAUCAAAUCAUUACUGAAGUUACAAUUCCAUUGAUAAGUGAUCUGAACUGCUGUUUAAGACUCCUUUUUCUAGAUGAACUUAUUCAAGCUUUAUUACAAAGACUCAAACGAUGUGUAUUCUUGACUUUGUGUAAUGUCCAGUGUAGGAAGUGAUAAAUCAUACAUUUCACUGAAAUGUAAACCUAAAUAUUUAUUAAUGGUAAUAUUGGAAAAUUAUUGUAAUAAAUUCUUUUCCACAUGUA